AUGAUUGCUAAGAGUUUCACCCUCGCCUUGUUCGCAGCUACGGCGGCUGCUGGGCCUUGUAGACCCGGCCACACAACGACUAGUGAUCCAACCACUACUGAUUCUGCCAUCAUCUCUUCUUCUACUACGGAAGAAGCCGCUGUUACUACCACAAGCGUUAUCGAGCCUGCGGGCGAAGCAAUCAUCCUGAAGAUCAACCUCAAUACCCGUCUGGUCAAGAGAGACACCAUCUUCGUCGGAAACGAUAACCCCUCUGACUGUACUUUUGCUUCCGUCUUUCGCCUGGAUUCCGAUCAGCUACUUUACAACGGCGUGCCAGUCUAUUUUGCUGGUAAUGAUUACCAGGAGCUGGUCGCUGAUGGUCAACCUCCAGCUGAUGCCGUCACUACCACCUUUUCCGUUUCUGGAGGCAAGCUCGCAUGGGAGAACGACGCCUUUGGGGUCGCAGGAUUUUGCUACCUUGAGAGUGAUGGAAAGAUCUACAUCACGUUUGGAUCAUCGCCUGAUGGAUGUGAGGUAGUGUCAUUGACAGCGUACAAAGAGACGCAAUGUCAAAAUGGUCAAAUUGUUGGUCUUGAGACAUCGACUACCGAUGUCGGAGAGCCUACUACGACUGCUGAAGCGACCACAACUGCCGAUAUCUGCGUGGCAGGCGUCGGUGGUCCGAACGGUCAGCCUCCCCGAGCGAGCCGUCUUGCCGACUGUUCCCGCUUGAAUGUUGUCACAGUCAGCCCCUUUCCAGUGACAACCACUGUUGUCAAGCGUGAGGUCGCUGUGCGCAUCCCAACUGGUAAAUACACAGGACAGCCAGUUAUCAACACUCUUAACCGCCGAGCGGAAGGAGAACCAACCGCCACUACAAUUCAACCAACCAAUAUCCCUGCAUACGCUACGUACUGUGACUCCCCGGAGGCGUACUACGAUGCUUGUUCAGAAGCUGGCAUUACUGCGUUUACCACCACGCUCCCCACCGGAACCAGCACGACAGAAACAACAGUCACCGAUUGUCCUGGGCGCAAGAUGGCCAAGAGAGCUGGCCAGGCUAUGGGAUAUGAGUUUGAAGAUAACUGGGAGGCGUACAACAUGCCAGGAUACAAGCUGUUCUAG